AUGGACAACUUUGGCCGAUCCAUGCGUCUCGACAGCAACGUGACCACGCAGCGGCUGGCCGAGGUAGGGUUCGUUGACAUCAAAGAGGAGGUCAUCCGGAUUCCUUUCAACCCAUGGCCGACAGACACAUAUUCUCGGGACAUUGGCCGUUGGUUUAACUUGGUUAUGAAGCAGGGAUUCCAACCUUUGUGUCUGGCGCCCUUUGCGAGAGGACUCAACAAGUCGUUUUCCGAGAUUAACGACUUUGUUGAAGAGGUCAAGGCGGAGGCACAUCUUCACAGCGAGAAGACCACAGUGAGUCUCGCUCGUUUGCUUGUUUCUACCACCUUUCUCAAACCACUCGGGUACAACAAGAGCACCCCUGUGGGAUAACCCACCCGCUUACCUCGGCCUUGCUGCACCUUCGGUCGUACCCACAUUCAACCCGACAGGAGCGCCAGCGCCGGAGUAAUGCGAUAAAUGAACCACGUUCUCCCCUCCCAGUUGACCAUUCAAUGACGUGUGGCAUUCUAAAACAUUACAGGGGGGACAACCCAGCUUCCUCUUCCCAGACCUCCAGGUCGCGAGCCCGCCAGCACUAAGGCACAUGUUGGCCCACCCAUCUUACACCCGCCAGCAACCAGCAUUUUCACUCGGAAGCAGCUCUCUAACUCGCCGAUUCCGUAUGCACGUCGACUCACGGGGGUGGCACAUUUACGCACCGCCAUCCAUAUUACGACACACUACCGUGUAUAUAUAUCUAUACAUGAUCUGGCCUUUUGCGGCCAAUCCUUUCAGCUCUUUUCCUCGCCGACUUGACGAGCAGCAGUGCUUUUGGGAACCUUGUGCGAUUUCGAGGUGAAAAUGGCCAGCACUGCGUUCUUCUCCAACACUGCCCAGUCGCACGUUAUGGGACUCUACUCGCUUAUCUACUGAGCUUGACAUUGAUGGGAGUUGCCGAAUGGGUGGCUCGAAGGCCCACCAUUGGUUCAGAUUUGUCGAGGUGCUUCGAUCGGCCUCACAAGCGCUUUGUCUUUCCACUGUUCAGCGUUGCUUUCAGCCAAAGGCGUUUAGGGAGUUAUAGGGGAUAGGAAGGCAUAAUGGAGGGCUCGAGGAUGGAACAACAGGGGGUUGUGGUACGUGGCAGGUCGGGAUGUGUGGAACAUCCCAUGUCUGUUGGUUGGCUACAGAAUGGAUGUUUGCCAUGUAUCAUCGAAAGUCUGUUCGCUUUUCGUCACCCUUGGGGCAGCAGCGCGAUUGGAUGUCGCGUAUAUCCAGGUUACACAACAGACUUGAAGAAAAGCGGUUUGUUACUGUAGCGACUAUGGCAAGACUUACACCGAAUUCGCAAGCACUGGAGUCCAGGAGCCCUAUCCUUUACGUGAAGCAUGUCUGUCUAUCAUGGCCGACGCUCCUUGACAGCACCUAUCUAGCCAACUUCCAUAACCAUGAGAUGACCUGUUUUGCCCCAGCCACCCUCGAUGUUACUCUGCUAGUUGUUGACAAUCUGACAGGCAGAUACGAAGGGGACAUUGGCGAUCUCGACGACGGUGUUUGAGUAUGCACGACCCCCUCCUCGACGUCCAAUCGUCAUGGUUGGUGUUUGGAAAUGGUGGGUCGGCUCACACGCUCUUUGGUUGGUGGUUGGGCUUGUUGAACCCGACAGACUGGUUCCAGCGUUCUAUUACUGUGUAUUGCUGACUUGCCAAGAUCGGGUGAGAAGCUGAGGACGGUGAGGAUGGUGGGGGGAAGUCAACCAGCCCGGGACAAGUUGGAUGGUAUGCGAGUGUGGAAUAGGACGGCAAUUCAUGAUAGGACACGGCUUUUGUGAUGCAGCGGACGGGGGAGGGGGGAGAAGUGGGUCGAUGCCUGUGUACCACACACGCAUCUUCGUCCCCACACACACAGCCUGAAGGGACGGAGGAUGGGGGGGCGGGGUGGGAUAUACCCGGGCCAGUUAGGCGGGUGGUGAGAGUGAUGGUUAUCUAGAUAGAUGGUGAUUAGGUACGAAAGUUAUAUAUCGGGGUUGUCCAAAUUCCUGAUCUAACGGCCAAACAUAUAAACAACGCCCUGUCUGAACAAACCUUUCUCCACCUUUUCUCACUCAUUUUGUUUUCUCUUUUGUUUCCCAACGUCUCUCUCUCACUUUUCGCGCCCAAAUAUAGCCUAGCUUUGUCCUUGGUUGCUCAUCCGCAUGCUACCCGAUCUUUGCAUCUUUGACAGUGCGGAGAGGAAUACAGUUGACACCGUCUCCAAUUUUUGAGACGAGAUCAGAUAAUUUGGACAGCUCAUCAGCCAGACCAAACUAGAUCAGGCCGGGCAGCCGAGCCUAGUAAGCCCUGGGUUUUUCUUUUCUGGGAUCAUGUUACCAUCUGUGCCAGACAAAGUGUAGUUGUGAAGGAGGAGCCUGGAGGGGGGCAAUGUUAUUGGGUGUUCCUAAAAGGGUUAUAAGUUUCGAGGCGACUGGAGCUAGAGGGGUGGUUGAGAUUUUGGAGUUUGGAUAAGACAUUGCUGGGGGUGUCGCGUCGUUCUUGCGGGUUCAAUAGUCGUCGAAGCGCGCUUGAUUAGAAGGGUUUCCGGGAGAAAGGAAUAUCGCAAGGUCAGAUAAGGGGGAAGGAGAGAGAUCGGUACAGCCAAAAGAGGCAAGGCGAGAUCUGCGGAGCCAACUGCACUUGGGAUAUGUGAACGCUGCCGAGGUAGGUACGGAUGCUAGAUAGUUGAUCGUGAGAUGGCCUCAUAUAUACUCAGAAUCAAGAUCUCCGUACGCCUCGCUACCUUGACGUUCAUAAGUUCAACAUGUGUAUCCUGGUUACUUUCGACAAAAAUAACCGGACCUCUAAUUGCGUGGAGGAUAUGGGAUUUAACAAGCCUUGUGAUAUUUUAACCAGAGCGGUCGGUGGUGCAAGAUAUCUCUAUCAUGCAUGACUAGGCUCUCUCUCAAGAAAGUACCUAGCCAUAAAUCAACCAACUCUCCACGUUGUUGACAAAACCUCUGGGUCGCAGGGCGAGGAGGGCAUCAAAGUUCGGCUCUAUCAUAACAAAACAAGACAGCCACAGUCGAGACCACCAGGAGGAUGAUGGCUUCAACAAACGAACCACUGCUAGAAUUCAUUGUUUCUGCGUCACGAGGAAGGAGCAACCUGUCCUGGAUGGGACGAGCAACAACAUCACCUGCUCGCUCCUUCCCUAACCCUCCCCAUCGCUCCUUCCCUGUCGCUCCUUCCCUCCAUGGGAAUAUAAGUUCCGACUUUGAGAGAGCAAUCGCAGACCAGGACGUGCCUGGUGGGGGAGGCGAAGUGGCCCAGCGGUAUGAGGAGACGUCCAGAUUACCCUGACCCAUGAGGAACCGAAUAGGGAUUAAGCAGCGCUGUGGAUGGCUAAACCUGCGGGUUUGAGACCGGAGGCGGGCGCGAACUCUUUUGACCUUUUUUUUAUACUAAAAAGCCGAACUCUCGAUAUUGUUGAAAGCUUGAAAUUAAUUGGGGUGCAAUGAUGCCUGCUAAAAAGUCGCAAAAUGAUUAAACCUUUCCAUUAUCAUUGCCCAGAGCCCUGAUGCCCCUUCCAACCAUUCCGUCGCGUCGCCUGUAUCGUCGUCAACUGUCCUUUUUAUGAUUCCUGCUUGACCUCUGCAUCAUCAACCUGCCCUAUACCCUCACCACCAUCCUCACCACCAUCCGUUCCACUCCCCACCCCCUUCUCCUCCUCCCUCUCCCUCCUCCUCUUGACAACCCACUCCCCCAACUCCCCAAAAAUCUCCUCCUUCUCCCUCGGCUUCAACGUAGCCGCCAACCCACUAGUACUGCAAGCAACAAACACCCUCGCCCCAUUCCACUCCCCCAACCCCUCCACCUUUCCCAUAUCCUCCCCCCGCUCCUGCCACCCAUACCUAAACUCCUCCUUCUUGAUCCCCCUCCCAUGCCUCACCCUCCACACGCUCUCCCAAAUGCUCUUCCCAACAAUACACACCGCCUCCGGCUUAAACUCCCUGAUUUUCUCUUCCAGGACCGCAACGCCAGCAUCCAUCUCCUUCUUUGAAAGCUCUGCCCCGUUCCGUGUUGGUCGGGGGACAAUGUUGGUGAGCCCGAGGGAGAAGAGGGAGGGGAGGAGCCGGUCUUCUUGUGGCGCGCAGAGGCGGGGGGUGAUGCCGGAUGAGUGGAGCAGGCGCCAGAAGAGAUUUGUCGGGUGGGCGUAGGCGUGGCCGGUAGAGGAAGUUAGCAGGCCGGGAUUCAGGCCGACGAAGAGGAGGAUGAGGUUGGGAGCGAUGGCGUCUGGGAGGAGGGGGAGCGGGCCGGGUGGGGUGGGGAGGGGUUUGGGGCGUUUGCGUUUUGAAGGGGAGGAUAUUGAUGAUGGUGGU